AACGCGGCUAAUUGGAGACUCAACAUCGUGUGAAAUAUCAAAAAGGAUACGGUGGGGUAGACAAAAAUUAAAAAUAAAAAAGAAAGAAAAGGAUUAGCAAGGAUAACCCGUGUCGUGAAGUGUUAUUUUCAAGAAAUGUGAAAAUUUUACCUUUGAUUGUUUUGAAAUUGUGUGAACAAAGGCCAGUGCCACGAUGGAGACCGAUGCCGAAAAGGCGGCCGGCUCCCGCCUGGAUUACGAUCUAAUGAUGGCCGAGGAGUAUGUACUGAGUGAUGUCGAGAAGAACUUUAUCUUAGCCUGCGAGCGUGGUGAUUUGGCCGGUGUCAAGAAACUUCUGGAUGAUUAUGCGGACGCACCAUCCGAAAAGUUCAAUAUCAACUGCACGGAUCCCAUGAAUCGCUCGGCGCUUAUCUCAGCCAUUGAGAAUGAGAAUUUUGAUUUGAUGGUUUUAUUGCUGGAGAACAACAUUGAAGUGGGCGAUGCUCUGUUGCAUGCCAUAUCUGAAGAGUAUGUGGAGGCUGUCGAGGAGUUGUUGCAGUGGGAGGAAACCAAUCACAAGGAAGGAGAUCCCUAUAGCUGGGAGUCGGUGGAUCGCUCGAAAUCAACUUUUACCACGGAUAUAACACCGCUGAUUCUCGCUGCACAUCGCAACAAUUAUGAGAUACUCAAGAUUCUGCUGGAUCGUGGUGCAACGCUGCCCAUGCCACACGACGUCAAGUGCGGUUGCGACGAGUGCGUUACUUCGCAGACCUCCGACUCCCUGCGCCACUCGCAAUCGCGUAUCAAUGCAUAUCGGGCACUCUCGGCCAGCUCGCUGAUAGCUCUAAGUUCACGUGAUCCUGUGCUAACCGCCUUUCAAUUAUCCUGGGAACUAAAGCGCUUGCAGGCCAUGGAAUCCGAAUUUCGCGCAGAAUACACGGAAAUGCGUCAAGCAGUGCAGGAUUUUGUAACGGCGCUGUUGGACCAUGCCCGCACCUCCAUGGAACUGGAGGUGAUGCUGAACUUUAAUCACGAGCCAUCGCAUGAGAUUUGGUGUCCCGGCCAUCGGCAAACACUGGAUCGCCUAAAGCUAGCCAUACGCUACAAACAGAAGACGUUUGUGGCACAUCCGAAUGUGCAACAAUUGCUGGCUGCCAUUUGGUAUGAGGGCUUACCCGGUUUCCGGCGCAAGCAGGGCAGUCAGCAGCUCAUAGAAGUCAUCAAGCUGGGCUGCAGUUUUCCCAUCUACAGUAUGAAGUAUAUUCUGGCACCGGAUUCGGAUGGUGCCAAAUUCAUGCGCAAGCCAUUCGUCAAGUUCAUAACACACUCCUGCUCCUACAUGUUCUUUUUGAUGCUUUUGGGCGCGGCUUCAUUGCGGGUGGUGCAAAUCACUUUUGAACUGCUGGCUUUUCCAUGGAUGCUGACCAUGUUGGAGGAUUGGCGCAAACAUGAACGCGGCUCGCUUCCAGGACCCAUUGAGCUGGCAAUUAUAAUGUAUAUAGCCGCUCUGAUAUUUGAGGAACUCAAGACUUUAUAUUCCGAUGGCCUUUUCGAGUAUAUUACGGAUCUGUGGAACAUUGUGGACUAUAUAUCAAAUAUGUUUUAUGUCACUUGGAUACUUUGUAGAGCCACCGCUUGGGUAAUAGUGCAUCGAGAUUUGUGGUUCAGGGGCAUAGAUCCAUACUUUCCGCGCGAACAUUGGCAUCCCUUCGAUCCCAUGUUGCUCUCCGAGGGCGCCUUUGCCGCUGGCAUGGUGUUCUCCUAUUUGAAGCUGGUGCACAUAUUCUCGAUAAAUCCACAUCUGGGACCAUUGCAGGUGUCGCUGGGCCGCAUGAUUAUCGAUAUUAUCAAGUUCUUCUUUAUCUAUACGUUGGUCCUGUUUGCAUUUGGCUGCGGAUUGAACCAGCUGCUCUGGUAUUAUGCGGAGCUGGAGAAGAAUAAAUGCUAUCAUUUACAUCCCGAUGUGGCGGACUUUGAUGACCAGGAAAAGGCAUGCACCAUUUGGCGGCGCUUCUCCAAUUUGUUUGAGACAUCGCAAUCACUGUUUUGGGCGUCAUUUGGUCUGGUGGACCUGGUUUCCUUCGACUUGGCUGGCAUCAAGAGUUUCACCCGCUUCUGGGCGCUGCUGAUGUUCGGAUCGUAUUCGGUUAUCAAUAUUAUUGUGCUGCUCAACAUGUUGAUUGCCAUGAUGUCCAAUUCGUAUCAAAUCAUUUCGGAGCGUGCCGACACCGAGUGGAAGUUUGCUCGCUCGCAGCUGUGGAUGAGCUAUUUUGAGGAUGGCGGCACCAUACCGCCACCAUUUAAUCUCUGCCCUAAUAUGAAAAUGCUGCGCAAGACACUCGGCCGCAGGCGACCGUCUCGCACCAAGAGUUUUAUGCGUAAGUCCCUGGAGAAGGCGCAGACGCUGCAUGACAAAGUGAUGAAGCUGCUGGUGCGACGCUAUGUUACUGCGGAGCAGCGGCGAAGGGACGAUUACGGCAUCACUGAGGAUGAUAUCAUUGAGGUGCGUCAAGAUAUUAGUUCGCUACGUUUUGAACUGCUGGAGAUUUUCACCAAUAACCAAUGGGAUGUGCCGGACAUUGAAAAAAAAACGCAAGCUGCUCGCUCCACCAAGGGCAAGGUAAUGGAACGUCGCAUUAUGAAGGACUUCCAGAUUGGCUUUGUGGAGAACUUGAAGCAGGAGAUGGACGAAAGCGAGAACGGACGCGAUAUCUUCGAUUCACUGGCCAAGGUCAUUGGAAGAAAGAAGACCCAAAAAGGAGAUAAGGACUGGAAUGCAAUUGCUAGGAAAAAGACACUUACUGCGGAUCCAAUUGGUUCGAAGCGCUCCUCCAUGCAACGCCACAGCCAGCGCAGCUUGAGGCGCAAGAUUAUCGAGCAGGCUAACGAGGGUCUACAAAUGGAUCAGACUAAAUUGAUAGAAUUCAAUCCGAAAUUGGGCGAAGUGACGGCUGCGACGAGAGUCGCCUAUGUGAAGUUUAUGCGCAAGAAGAUGGCAGCCGACGAGGUCUCUUUGGGCGAGGUUGAGGAUCAAACAAAUGGCAACGAUGACAAGAAACCACCAGAAGCCAGUGGGUCCAAAAAGUUGCCAAACAGCGCUGGAGGAGGUGCCUCCAUGUUGGCAGCAGCUGCACUGCGCGCCUCUGUCAAGAAUGUCGACGAAAAGGCCAAUGGUGCGGACAAAAAGGACGAUAAGAAACCAAUGGAUGAUAAGAAUAAAAAAGCAACAGACGACAAGAAGCCGACUGAUGAUAAGAAGUCAGAUUCCAAGCCAUCUGCUAACGGCAAACCAGGCGAACAAAAACCCACCCCGCCAGCCAGCAAGCCACCAACUGCUGGAAAGCCCAGCGAAGCAGCCAAACCCGGCGAUGCAGCAAAGCCAAGCGAUGCAGCGAAACCUAAUGCACCUGCACCACCUGGCAAGCCAGCGGAUGGCAAGCCGGCGGCAGCGCCAAAGCCAAAUGAAACGGCUAAACCGGAAGCGGCUGCCAAGAAGGAGGAGGCAACCAAAAGUGUGGCAGCCAAGCCACCAGCGGCAAGUGGAGUCGCUGCCAAGAGUGCGGCGCCUUCAGCUCCUGCAGAUGCCAAGCCGGACACUACGAAGACCACAACAGCAGACAAAGCACCCGAUGGCACGAAGGCGGCUAACGAGACCAGCGGAGGAGCCACGCCGGCCGGGGAUAAAAAAACCGGACAAGAGCAGAAGGGCGACGACAAGAAGGAGAAUGCCAAUGGAAAGUCGGCUGAGUCCAAACCGGCGACGGGAACGGAGGCCAAGCCUGGCGAAGCCAAACCAGGUGACAAAAAAGAGGACGAUAAGAAACCAGGUGAUGAUAAGAAACCCGCACCAGUCAAGCCAGUCAACAAGGUGGGUCAAAGCAGCGCCGCGGCGGGUGGCGAUCGCGGCAAAUCGACCGUCACUGGCCGCAUGAUCUCUGGCUGGCUGUAAUCCAAAGGAUUCUGUAUUCAAUAAAUCAUGUAUUGAUUUUUAAGCAGAACUAAGUAAAUUAAUUGUGUGUGACCAAUAAAUAAACGAAAUGUAAACAACUUUAAA